AUGAGAGCUGGUUUCCGGCUUUUCUCGCCCCCAGCCUACUACCACCGUCCGCCGACCUCUCCUCUCCGGCGUCUCAGCACGCCGCGCAGCAACAACCCCUUCGCCGCGUCCAUCACCGCCGCCGCCCGCCCGCGAACCCUCACAAUGGUCGCCACCCCGGAGGAAAUCGAGGCCAUGGCGCCCCCCGGCUACUCCUUCCCGGAGCACCGCCUCCGCCUCCAGCAAUCCGAACCCGACCGCGAGCCCCUCGUCCUCGUCGCUCCCGGCUCCUACAGCCCCAUCACCUUCCUUCACCUGCGCAUGGCCGUCAUGGCCGCAGACUACGUCCGCUACAACACAAACUUUGAGCUCAUCGGCUCCUACCUCUCCCCCGUCUCCGACGCCUACAAGAAGCGCGGCCUCGCACCCGCCUGCCACCGCCGCCGCAUGUGCGAGAUCGCCGCCGAGCAGACCUCACGCUUCCUCAUGGUCGAUCCCUGGGAGGCCGAGCAAACGGCCUACGUGCCCACCGCCCUCGUCCUCGACCACUUUGAGCACGAGAUCAACGUCAAGCGCGGCGGCUGCAACGGUAAGCGCGUGCGUAUUGCCGUGCUUGCUGGCGCCGACCUGAUUAACACGAUGAGUCAGCCUGGCGUCUGGUCACCUUCUGAUUUGAGACAUAUCCUGGGUGACUUUGGUGCUUUCGUGCUCGAGAGGGCUGGUGUAAAUAUUGACGAGGCACUCGGUAAUCUUAAGGAGUACGAGGACCAGAUCUACUACAUUCCGCAAGUCGUUCCCAACGAUGUUUCGAGUACCAAGAUUCGAUUGUUGCUGAGGAGGAAUAUGAGCAUUGACUACCUCAUCCCUGCCGAAGUCAUCAAGUACAUUGACGAGCACGGCCUCUACAACGAAGACGACACAGCAACAAACGAGAAGGGAAAGGAGAAAGAGGUACAAUAA